AUGUCUCUUUGGUAUCCUCUAGAAGUAGCUAGGAUUAAACUUACAAAUGAUAAAUUUAUUAUAAAUACUUAAAAAAAAUAAUACCUAAGUAUAACUGAUGUUUGCAAAUAAACUCUCAUAAAGGAAGGGCCUAAUGGGCUUUACAGAGGUUAUGGAAUCUCCUGUUUUGGUAUGUUUUUUUAUAGAGGCCUCUUUUUUGCUUUGUCUGAAAUAACAAAUAAAUACACUUUAGAUGAUAAUGCAAUAAAUUUUAUUCAAAUGCAGUUUUUGUUAGGAUGGAGUAUACAAUUUUUAUCUUAGCUAUUAACAUAUCCUUUUUACACCAUAAGUAGCAGAAUGAUAAUGUCCUCUGGGUCUACCUAAAGAUAUACUUAGUCUCUUCAGUGCAUAUAAACAAUUAAAAAAUAAGAAGGACUUAAAUCACUAUAUAGAGGAGUUAGCAUUAACAUUUUUAAAAGUUUAGGAGGAGCAUCUUCAUUCGUUUUAUAUACCUAUGGAUUUAAAGAGUAUUCUCUUGAUUCAAAAAAUUUUUGA